AGAAAAUUGACGACGCCACCAAAACUUUUCAACACGACCUGGCACUGCCGCGCACGAUCACAGUCUCCGGCCUAAGUCUCGAUCAUUACAGUCUACAACCACAAUCACACAGUCUCCAAUCACAACUGCAGUCGCAGUCACAAGCGCAGUCACAAGCGCAGUCGUUCAUCCACUUCACGGAAGCCAUGUCGCUGGUUGUUGCGGUUGGCGCAGGGCUUGCCAUUGCCGUGGUCGCAUUUGUGGCCGUGCGCAUCAUGAGCAGCAACAAGAACGAGAGCGAGGAGGCCAAGUCCAAGAACAAGUACGGCGUCGUCCUGCCCAAGUUCAGCAGCAACAACAGCAACAGUGACACGAAUACGGCGCCCGUUCGGGGAAAGGAUGUGGCGUGCUCGCUCCAUUUCCAAGGCAUCGGCGGUAAGCCUGCAGGCCCUGCUGGCGUCGAGUCGCUGGGGAUGCUGCAGGACUUCGCCCCAUUCACUGCAUGUGUCCGCGUGGAGGACCCGCGGAGCGUGCUGGUGGACAACCCGGACCUCACCGUCUACUCGCUGUUCGAGGACGACAAGGCCGUCGUGCUUGUGGAGCCGGCGCCCGUGAGCAUCACCAAGGACCUCACGUUUGCUCGCACCUUCCACUAUCAAGAGCUCCGGGGAUCGGCCCACAAGCGCGCCGUCCUGCUCUCCUUCGCUGGCCUGCACAGCGCCGUCGAGGCUCUCAAGGCCGCCCACGGCUGCGCCGAGCCCGACGCCGAGCGUGCACUCCUGUCCCGCGUCGUCUUUGUGCACAGCACUGGCCGCUGCGGGUCCACGCUGCUCAGCAAGGCGCUUGGCUCUGCAUAUGGCGUGCACAGCAUUGCCGAGCCCGACAUCUACUCCGCCGUCUUCCUGGCGCUCAAGGAAGGCCGCAUGACACGACCAGAGGCAAAGCAGGUCCUUCGUGACGCCACUUUCCUCCUUGCAGCACGUGCCGGUCUUACCUCUGACGCAGGCAGCUCGACUGAUGCCACCAGCAGUGCCACUGCCGCGCUUGCUGUGAAGUUCCGCAGUUGGGUUGCUUUGGAUGCAGAUAUUGUCCACGACGCCGUCCCAGAGGCAAAGAACCAGCUGCAUGCUGGCUCGCUCGCGCGUGUGUUUGGCGAGGACGCGCACGGCCCUGCAGCGACAACCACGAGCAGCCGCAAGAACAUCCAGGAUCUCACCCACAACCCGCUCUACAUCCGCGACAGCGAUCUUGCACCCCUCAACGCCCUCCUCCGCAAGACCAAGCUCCCAGACACCACUGACUACAUUCUCCCAGGCACCCUCACCUCGUUCCCACCCCUCAGCCAGGCAGAUGCAUGA